AUGUCAGGAUUUCUAAUGUCCGGACCAACUCUUUUGGAGAGAUGGGGUAACUGGAAGGAUGUGUUAAUCCUGAAUGUGGCUGUGGCCAAUUUAGGUGACCUCCUGCCAAAUGAGAGGUUUCUGGAGGACAAGAGAACUGACUUUGAGACUUCACUGGCCAAGGGGCUGGCCAAAUUAGCUAUCAAAGACUCUCUAAAUGUUCUUGCUCACUGGAAUGACCUGGAUGACUUCAACAGGAUCUUCUGGUGUGACCACAGCGAGCUGGCUGUUAGUUUCCUUCUUGUUCUUCCUUUGGGGAAUCAGGGUGGGAAGAAGAUGCCUUACACUGAUAGCCCCGCCCUCUGCCCCAUCCAGGGAGGCACGCUGUUUGAAGCCGACUUCUCCCUGAUGGAUGGGAUCAAGGCGAGCGUCAUCCUGUGUAGCCAGCAAUACCUGGCUGCCCCUCUGGUCAUGCUGAAACUGCAGCCUGAUGGGAAACUCUUGCCCAUGGUCAUCCAGCUCCAAUUGCCACGCACUGGAUCCCCACCACCACCACUUUUCCUGCCCACGGCCCCGAUGGCCUGGCUCCUGGCCAAAUGCUGGGUCCGUAGCUCUGACUUCCAGCUUCACGAGCUUCUCUCUCAUCUUCUGAGGGGACAUUUGAUGGCUGAGGUUAUCGCUAUGGCCACCAUGAGAUGCCUUCCAUCAAUACACCCUAUCUUCAAGCUGAUAAUCCCCCACCUGCGAUACACCAUGGAAAUUAACGUGCGGGCCAGGAGUGGGCUGGUCUCCGACAUGGGCGUUUUUGACCAGGUGGUGAGCACCGGUGGGGGAGGCCACGUGGAGCUGCUUAAGCGCGCUAGAGCCUCUCUAACCUAUAGAUCAUUCUGUCCCCCCGAUGACCUGACUGACCGGGGGCUUCUGGGAGUCAAGUCCUCUUACUAUGCUCAGGAUGCUCUGCGGCUGUGGGAAAUCAUCUAUCGCUAUGUGGAGGGAAUUGUGAGUCUUCACUAUAAGACGGACAAGGCGGUGAAAGAGGACCUUGAACUGCAGACCUGGUGUCGAGAGAUCACUGAGAUUGGCCUGCUAGGGGCCCAGGACCAAGGAUUCCCCAUGUCCUUAGUCCAGCUUUGCCACUUUGUCACCAUGUGCAUCUUCACCUGCACUGGCCAGCAUGCCUCCGUCCACCUGGGCCAGUUGGAUUAUUAUGCUUGGGUCCCUAACGCACCCUGCACAAUGCGGCAGCCCCCACCGACCACCAAGGAUGUCAACACUAUCAAGUCAGAGACCAUGUCUGCUCUGCUCUCCAUGAUAUCCCACCGCCUGGC